AGAAGAGGGAAGUCUAGAAGAGAUAACGCAAUGACAGGAGGAGGCAGGAGGUGGGAGUUGGACUAACGAUACUAAUUUCUAAUAGUUACUCAAUUCGCUCCGCGCGAAUUUUGCUACCGACGACCUACCACAUCCCUCAAUCCCACAUCAUAUCCCCAUACCCGACCUAUCGGCCAUGAUCCACCGCCACCAUCGUGCGACACAAGCGGCGCCGUCUCCGCUGAUCUCGGUCUGCGGGCGGUAUCUGCCGUUCCUGUACCACUUCAUCUCGACACUCAUCGCCGCACCGCACAACUUUGCCGUUGUUGUCGUCGAUGCGGAGGGUAAGUUCGAUGUCACGCGCUUAGUAAAUCCAAGUCUAGGUUUAAGAUCAAGUCCCAAAGCUGAAGGAAAGAAGACGAGUCUACCUGCUACCACGAAGGAUCUAGCGCAUGUGUACGUCUACAGACCGGAAAGCCGGGCUCGGGAACAUGUUGAUGCUGUACUGAGUGGUGUUGAUGAGUUUAUGGUGUAUGGGGACCAUGAGAGCAAGGGACGAGCUUGGUGGGGUACGGUGGUGGUUGGAGGGAUUGGAGGUGAUGUUAAUGCGGGAUGGAAGGGGUGGUGUAGAGUUGAUAGGGAGGGUGUUGUGGGGUUUGCGCCUGGAAUUAGUGUUGAAGAGGCGCUGAGAGAACGGGGGAGGAGACAUGAGGUUGUUGAUCAGGCGGGUUGGAGUGCGGCGUCGAGUUGGGGGACGUAUGUGUGGAAGGGAGGAUAAGAUGGUGAGUUGAGUUGAACUAGGCAUGAGCAUUGAUACUUAUGACUUGCGGCAAUUAUACGUUUGAUUCGACGCCUGCCUUGAUGAUGAUGAUGAUGGUUAUUGGUUACGCCUAUCAAGAUUGACCUCAGCUAAUGCCUGCUUGAACCCGUGGACUUCUUAUAAAGAUGCCGAAACGUAAUCUCACGAUGAUACCGUACCCAUAUGAAUGUGAAGAAGGCAGGAUCCCCACGGGGAGAUCUGGGCGGGUGGCAUUAGUGGGCCAAGGACCGGCAGCUGUCUCGGCCCACCCCGUCAAGCUGCUCCAGCAAAACUAAAUCAAGACCCCUGCAUACCUCUAA